AAAGAAAAAAGAAAAUGAGCAGCGCUUCGUCACAAAUCCUCCACAUAGCAGUCUUAGCCUUCCCAUUCGGCAGCCACGCCGCUCCUCUUCUCAGCCUCGUCGAGACGCUCGCCGAAAACCUCCCCAACGCACGCUUCUCUUUCUUCAGCACUCCAAGCUCCAACUCCGCGCUGUUUAAACAGCCGAACGGCGGCCGGAACAUCACUCCGUACGGUGUGUGGGAUGGGGCGGCGGAAGGGGAGUCGUUGCAGGAACGGGAGGCUACGAUGAGAUUUGUGGCGACGAUGCCGACCAAUUACGAGAAAGCGGUGGCCGAGGCGGAGGAGGAAAUUGGGGCUAAGUUUGGGUGUUUCCUGACGGAUGCGUUUAUCUGGUUUGGGGGCGACAUGGCGGCUGACGGAAGGGGCGGCGCGCCAUGGAUUGCUCUUUGGACGGCUGCAUCUUCUACUCUCUCGCUUCACUUGCAUACUGAUCUCAUUCGCUCUUUAGCCGUCGCCGCCGCCACCACAAACGGAGAUGAGGAGCAGCCGCUAAAAGCCAUCCCGGGAAUGUCCGCCAUACCAAUCGGCGACGUGCCUGCCGAAGUCCUGGCCGAGAAUAUCUACUCAUCCUUCCCCGGCAUGCUUUACAACAUGUCACGUAACAUCCACAGAGCAAACGCCGUCGUCAUUAAUUCCUUCCAAGAGCUAGAGCCAACCAUCACCAACCAUCUCAAAUCCAAGCUCCAGAAGGUGUUCAACAUUGGCCCUAUGACUCUCCUCUCCUCAUUGCCACCGCAAUUAACCGACGAGCACCACUGUAUUCCAUGGCUGGACAGCAUUCCCACCCCCGCCGUCUAUCUCAGCUUCGGAAGAGUCCUCGCUCUCCCACCCGACGAGAUCGUGGCCAUAGCAGAAGCAUUAGAAGCCAAAAGGGUGCCCUUUCUUUGGUCCCUUAAACAGACAAGCAUGAACCUCCUUCCUGAUGGUUUUCUCGAUCGAGCGAAAGAUUUUGGGAAGGUUGUGCCAUGGGCCCCUCAGGUACAAGUUCUGUCACACCCUUCAGUUGGGGCUUUUGUGACGCAUUGCGGAUGGAACUCGAUCUUGGAGGCGGUAUCCUUCGGGGUGCCCGUGAUCUGUAGGCCGUUUUUCGGGGAUCAGAAGCUGAACAGCAGGCUGGUGGAGAGUGUGUGGGAGAUUGGGGUGAAAGUGGAGGGUGGGAUCUUUACGAAGAAUGGGACAAUCAAAGCCUUGGAUCACGUUUUGGCGAGUGAUCGGCGUAAGGUGUUCAGAGAACAUGUUGGGGUGCUCAAAGAGAGAGCUUUGGAGGCUGUCAAACCUGAUGAAGGGAGCUCCACACAAGAUUUCCAAGCAUUGUUGCAUCUGCUUCAUAACUACAUCACUUGAUUAGUUUCGUUUGGGCGCGCUAGCUUCUUCAACGAUAUAAAUUAAAUGUGUCGAAUCAGCUAAGCUUCAAACAUAAUUUGCUCAUAAUAAUUAUUUGCGUCCUCACCUUUUUUGUGUGUUUAUUCGUUAUGAUCACUAGAAAAGAAAUAAAAAGCUCUUUUUCAUAUUUGUUCUCAUCGGAUUCAUGCUUGAUUGGAACCGGUGGGAUAGUGAUAUUGUUUGAGCAAGAAUUAAUUACACGAAUGACAAUCAAUUUAUAUGAGAAGGGAAUCGUGCAAGGAAUUAA